CAGCUUUCAGGAGGAGUCUGGACGUUACAGGGAGGGUGUGGCUUAUCUUCUGUGGUUAGUCUGGAAGGCUGAAUGUACAGUGUGUUGGGGCAGCUGCGGCUUCAGUUUGCUCUGGAGAGGGCGGUGAACAGGGCCAGAACUCUGCAUUCAGGAUACAAGAGCCGCUUUAUAGCAGAUUACUGGCUUUACCUGGGAGUCUUGGAAAUUUUCCACUUUUAUUUCAUAUUCACGGAAGAAUUUCCAGCCCAGACCUUUCCUGCUCUUGCUCAGGGCUGCUCACAGAUAUGCAAAGCAGAGACCUCCCACCCCAGCAGGCAGCGGCAGACAGGACCCAGCUAGCAGCACUUACACACUGACUCAGCUCAGCCUCCCCAGCAGGAGCGGUGUGGUCCAAGUGUGUCGCCUGGGUGGCCACCUCAGGAUCAGCCAUGGAGACUCCAGCGUCAGGCUCAGCUGAGAUGCCGCGCCAGUUCCCCAAGCUGAACAUAUCUGAGGUGGAUGAGCAAGUCCGGCUCCUGGCAGAGAAGGUGUUUGCUAAAGUACUCCGAGAAGAGGACAGCAAAGAUGCCUUGUCCCUUUUCACCGUCCCCGAGGACUGCCCCAUUGGACAGAAGGAGGCCAAGGAGAGGGAGCUGCAGAAGGAGCUGGCAGAGCAGAAGUCGGUGGAGACUGCAAAAAGAAAGAAAAGUUUCAAGAUGAUUCGGUCCCAGUCCCUGUCUCUGCAAAUGCCAACGCAGCAAGACUGGAAGGUACCCCCGACAGCCAGUCCGGUCAUGUCACCCGCAACCCCUGUGAUCACUGGAGCCACUUCCCAGCCGGCACCUGCACCUCCCUACGCCAUGCCUGAGUUUCAGCGGGUCACCAUCAGUGGAGAUUACUGUGCAGGGAUCACUGUGGAGGACUAUGAGCAGGCUGCCAAGAGUCUGGCCAAAGCCCUGAUGAUCCGGGAGAAGUAUGCACGGCUUGCUUACCACCGAUUCCCAAGGACCACGGCCCAGUAUCUGGGACAUCGGCAUACAGACGCUGCACCUCCAGAAGAAGGCCUCCCAGACUUCCACCCUCCCCCACUGCCCCAGGAAGACCCUUACUGCCUGGAUGAUGCUCCCGCCAACCUGGAUUAUUUGGUCCGCAUGCAGGGGGGCAUCCUCUUUGUGUAUGACAGUAAGAAAAUGCUGGAGCGCCAGGAACCCCACAGCCUGCCCUACCCUGAUCUGGAGACCUACACAGUGGACAUGAGCCACAUCCUGGCUCUCAUCACUGAUGGCCCCACGAAAACAUAUUGUCACCGGCGACUGAACUUUCUGGAAUCCAAGUUCAGCCUUCAUGAGAUGUUAAAUGAAAUGUCCGAGUUCAAAGAGUUGAAGAGUAACCCCCACCGAGACUUCUAUAAUGUGAGAAAGGUGGACACGCACAUCCAUGCGGCUGCCUGCAUGAACCAGAAGCACUUGCUGCGCUUCAUUAAGCACACGUACCAGACAGAGCCGGACAGGACCGUGGCAGAGAAGCGGGGCCGGAAGAUCACCCUGAGUCAGGUGUUCGACAGUCUGCACAUGGACCCCUAUGACCUCACUGUGGACUCGCUGGAUGUCCAUGCGGGCCGGCAGACGUUCCAUCGCUUUGACAAGUUCAACUCCAAGUACAACCCUGUGGGGGCCAGUGAGCUGCGUGAUCUGUAUUUGAAAACAGAAAACUACCUGGGAGGGGAGUACUUUGCUCGGAUGGUCAAGGAGGUGGCCCGGGAGCUGGAGGAGAGCAAGUACCAGUACUCAGAGCCCCGGCUCUCCAUCUACGGCCGCAGUCCCAACGAGUGGCCCAACCUGGCCCGCUGGUUCAUCCACCACAAGGUGUACUCACCCAACAUGCGCUGGAUCAUCCAGGUGCCCCGGAUCUAUGACAUAUUUAGGUCAAAGAAGCUGCUGCCAAACUUUGGGAAGAUGCUGGAGAACAUCUUCCUGCCCCUCUUUGAGGCCACAAUCAACCCCCAGGAUCACCGAGAGCUUCACCUUUUCCUCAAAUAUGUGACAGGAUUCGACAGCGUGGAUGAUGAGUCCAAGCACAGCGACCACAUGUUCUCAGACAAGAGCCCCAACCCAGACAUCUGGACCAGUGAGCAGAACCCGCCCUACAGCUACUACCUGUACUACAUGUAUGCCAACAUCAUGGUGCUCAACAACCUCCGCAGAGAACGAGGCAUGAGCACCUUCCUGUUCCGUCCUCACUGCGGAGAGGCCGGCUCUAUCACUCACCUGGUGUCUGCUUUCCUGACUGCUGACAAUAUUUCCCACGGGCUACUCCUCAAGAAGAGUCCAGUGUUGCAGUAUCUCUACUAUCUUGCUCAGAUCCCCAUCGCCAUGUCUCCUCUUAGCAACAACAGUCUGUUCCUGGAAUAUUCCAAAAACCCUCUGAGGGAAUUCCUUCACAAGGGACUGCAUGUUUCUCUCUCCACCGAUGACCCCAUGCAGUUCCAUUACACAAAGGAAGCACUUAUGGAAGAAUAUGCAAUUGCAGCUCAAGUGUGGAAGCUGAGUACCUGUGACCUGUGUGAAAUCGCCAGGAACAGCGUGCUGCAGAGCGGCCUCUCCCAUCAGGAAAAGCAAAAAUUUCUUGGACAAAAUUACUAUAAAGAAGGACCUGAAGGAAAUGAUAUUCGUAAGACAAAUGUUGCUCAGAUCCGGAUGGCAUUCCGGUAUGAGACCUUGUGCAAUGAGCUGAGCUUCCUGUCUGAUGCCAUGAAAUCCGAGGAGAUCACAGACCUGAAUGGAUAGGUCCAGCACACUGGAAGUGCACUCUUCCUUUUUGAUUUCAAGUCUGCUGUGAUUAACAGUGGUCAAGAUGAUAUCAAACUAGGACUUUCCUUCAUGGGGAUGAUGCCUCUGAAGAACUUUCAAACUAGUGAUUUUGGUUGCACUGUUCACUUUAAGAUUGAAUAUAUUCCCUUUGGUUAAUAUUUCUGAAUAAUAGAUGUUGACUACUCCUUGGGGAUGCAGGAGCUAGGCACUUGUCUGUACUUAUUGAAUUUUCCAAAUAUUUCUCUUGAUACCACUAGUGCUUGUGUUGUUGGGGUCAGAUUUGCCACGGUCCAGUGCCCACUGACAUGAGCUUUGUGUGGUUUUGCCAUCUCUAUAGGCCCUGCAGGCUGAAUGCUAGUUGUUCAUUUCAGCCUCUGACUGGGUGGCUGCCUUAAACAAAAAUAAAUUUCAGAGCUUCCUUUCUCAAAGGAGCUACUUUGAGAGAAUUAAAAUAGAAAACUUCCUUCUUGACAACUUAUGUUUAUGAAUUUCUUAAACUUUUAUUUAGCUCUCCUCCCUCCUAGUUAGGAAACCAAAUGUGCACAUUAAACAGGCACUCCUAUUCUGAAGCUUGAUUUCCUAAUCUCAAAAGUGGAGGGUUUUGGAUAAGGUGGGUGUUUUACAAAGAGUGUUCUGUGCAUCUCCCUCCCAGAUCACUUCAGGAUGAGGAAAGGAGGGGGGUGAGAUUCUGGGUGCUGCCUUUACUUCUUCAAAGGGACUUUGCUUUCCUCAGUUUUACAUUGGGACUUCUACAUGUUUUCUCUUAAAUUAAGCAUAAGACUAUGUGACCUGUGUUCCUUUAACUCUAUUACUGUAUGAUUAUAACCCAGUUAUCAUUUUACUUAUGAAGAAUUAGGGUCAGAGAAGUGAAAUCUGCUUAAGGUCACACAGCCAAUUAAUAAUAGCACUAGGUUUUCCUCCCCUAACCCAGUUAUCUGAUAGGCCUCACAAAUGUUGUUGCUGUUGUUGUUCCCCAAUCAUUGUAACCUGGUGCAUUUUUUUAAAGGUGAAAUUUCUUCUUUAUCUAAUAUGCAGAGUUCCUCAGAACAUAUAACUUAUCAGGUAGAAAGGAUUUUUAAAGAUCAGUUUGAAUUUUAAGUUUUACUGAUGUAUACUUUAUCUGUGUUAAUACCUGUUACCUAGUAGGUGCUCAGUAAAUGUAUAUAGAAUAACUAAAUGAGUUUUUCUUUCAGAAUUUUUAAGGCUAUGUGUUCUUAGUACUCAACAAGUUGUCCAAGGAUCUUCCUAUUUCUUGGGGCAAACUCAGAUUAUGGGAAGUCUUUCUGAAUCAUUGUCAAGUUAAAAGAACCCUAUUUUUGCUUGUGAAAAUGCUUAUUAGAUUGUCUUGUGACUUUAUGAUGCUUGUACAUCACUGUUUCUUAGCAUAAGGAAUUAGAUAUGAAGUCUUUUUACUAAGUAAACAUGUUAUCUUACAGUUAAUCAUAAAACUGAAUAAAAAUUCAGCAUUUAUCUUAGGCAUUUAUUAUUUUUGGAAAGCCACCAUUUGUAUGCAUUUGCCCUAACAUAAUCAAGUAUUGUACAGUUUUUCAUUGUCACUUUAUCUGUAUCAAGUAUUUGUUUUUAAUUAUUAAAUAAAGUUUGUUAGGA